UCUUUCUCUUUCUCUCUUUGUUCAUGCCCACAAAAGUUUCAUACCUUCCCAAGCCUUCUCUGCAACCCAUUUGCAAUUGCAGCCCCCCAAAAGGGCGCGCACGCCACCCUGCCAGUGCGUGCACCAACACCACCUAAUAUCAUGGCUCCUAACAUUCUACUGCCUCCUCGGUCUCUCCUCCUGUUGCUCGUCUUGUUAUUGCAAGUUGUGUCCUCUUCUUGCAAGUCUGAUUCUGAAAUCCUUCUGGAUUUCAAGAAGUCUUUGGGCAACAAUGGUGCAUUGUCAAGUUGGAACACAAAAACAACACCAUGUUCUGGCAAUAAGGAGAAUUGGGUUGGCGUUCUUUGUGAGGAAAAGGGGAAUGUUUGGGGGCUAAAGCUUGAGGACAUGGGACUAUCCGGUGCCAUUGAUUUAGAAUCCCUCAAGGACUUGCCUGCUCUGAGAACCAUAAGCCUGAUGAACAAUAAUCUUGAUGGAAGCUUGUCGAGCUUAAAGAAACUUGGUGCAUUAAAAUCAGCUUAUUUGUCAAACAAUAAAUUUUUUGGGGAAAUCGAAUCAAAUGCCUUUGAUGGGAUGCAUUCAUUGAAGAAACUUCAUUUGGCAAACAAUGAGUUCACUGGUUUGAUUCCACUGUCAUUGACCAUAUUGCCUAAGCUCAUUGAGUUGAACCUUGAGGGGAACAAAUUCCAAGGGGAGAUACCGGAUUUUAAACAAGGGAUAUUGAAGUCACUCAAUGUUUCUGACAAUGAUCUACAAGGUCCAAUUCCAGCUAGCCUCGCUAAGAUGAACGCCAGCUCCUUUUCAGGCAAUGAACUUCUUUGUGGAACACCAUUGGAAGCAUGUCCUUCUGAGUCAAAACUGCCAGUUGGAACGGUUGUUGUGUUGAUUGUAGCUGUGGUGGUAGCAUUGGCGGCAAUUGCUGCAGUUUUCAUAAUCCUCGGCAGAUGUUGCCAAAAAUCCUCAUCAUCAUCUCAAAAAAGCACAGGCACAACGGAGCAUCCACGGGUGUCAAAGGGGAGGUCUGACGAAUUAGACAAGAUGGAGCAAGGAGGAGGAGGAGGCUCGUCCUCGCCAGAAAACUCCACAACCAGCAAGAAGGCGGAAAAUAGUGGGAAGCUGACAUUUUUGAAUGAAGACCCAAACCAGUUUGAGUUGGGGGACUUGUUAAAAGCCUCAGCUGAAGUAUUGGGGAGUGGUUACUUUGGAUCUUCUUACAAAGCAGCUCUUGUGACAGGGAAUACGGUGGUUGUGAAGAGGUUUAGGCAAAUGAACAACGUGGGUAGAGAAGAGUUCCAAGAGCACAUGAGAAGGCUAGGUAGGUUGAGACACCCCAACUUGCUUCCUAUUCUAGCUUUCUACUAUAGGAAGGAGGAGAAGCUCUUGGUCUCUAGCUAUGUCGACAAUGUCAGCUUAGCUGUUCAUCUGCAUGGCAACAGCCGUUCACACCCAAGCCUUGGUUGGCCAGCGAGGUUGAAAAUCAUCAAAGGAGUAGCCAAGGGACUUCUAUACCUAUACAAUGAGCUCCCUAGCUUAAUUGUGCCUCAUGGCCACUUGAAAUCCUCAAAUGUGCUUCUCAAUGAGUCCUUUGAGCCCCUCCUCACCGACUAUGGCCUAGUUCCUGUAGUCAACCAAGAGCAUGCCCAAGACAUCAUGGUGGCCUAUAAGUCACCAGAGUACAAGCAAAACGGUCGCAUAACAAAGAAAACGGAUCUUUGGAGUUUUGGUAUACUGAUAUUGGAGAUUUUAACCGGGAAGUUCCCAGCAAACUAUUUACAACAAGGUAAGGGAAGUGACACGAACACAGACACAGAUUUGGUGACUUGGGUACAUUCUGUUGCUCACGAAGAUAACAAAUGUACCAGUGAGGUGUUUGAUAAGGAUAUGGGAGCGACCAAAAACAGUGAGGGUGAGAUGCUAAAGCUUUUGAAGAUAGGGUUGGCUUGUGCCCAAACUGAUGUGGAGAAGAGGUGUGAUUUGAAAGAGGCUGUUGAGAAAAUUGAAGACUUGAAAGACAAGGAUACCGAUGAAGAUUUCUACUCCUCUUAUACCAGUGAUGGAGAUGUGAAAUCUGCAAGAGGACUGUCUGAUGAUUUCUCUUUCUCCAUGAAUGGUUGAGUGAGAAAUGCUUCCAAAUUUGUAAAGGGGCUUUGAUUUCUUGGAAAAUUAAAAAUCGUUUCUCAAAGUCAAAUUCAGGGUGGCGUCCAUGUUCCUUCUUUCUUGGUGUAAAUGUCAGCUGGAAAUCACAACUCGAGGUGGGAUUUUUCCAAUUCAGUUAUUAUAUCACAUUGAUCUUGUAGAAUUGGAAUGGAACUAUUUUUGAUCUAAAUUGAUCUAAAUUAUUUCUUCUAGAUUUUGCAGGAGCCUUGCGCGUUGGGCUACCAUUUUUAGUGUAUAUUGUUUUUGGGGAAUUUUGUCCACUAGUGAUUUGGCUCCCAUAUUAACUAUUUGGGUUGUGCAUGCAAUAGGAAACCAUCUCAUAUUGCAUGUAUUUAAAAUGUAAUGAAAAAUGCUUGAUUUUGUUACAUAUCUUGUCCAUUAUAUUAUUGUUAUAUUAUAAGCAACAAAUGAUUUUGAUUAUAC